AUGGCGGCAUUUGCGGAACUCGCGCUUUGCCCCGAACUGGUGGCUGCCACGGAGGAGGAAGGCUGGAUUCUUCCAACCGCGAUCCAGGCAGAUGCCAUCCCGCUCAUCUUAGGAGGGGGGGAUAUCUGCGCCGCGGCAGAGACAGGCAGCGGCAAGACUGCCGCCUUCGUGCUUCCCUCCUUGCAGCUGGUGCAUGAAGCCCUAAGAGGGGUGGCCGUUACCCCCGGGGAAAUCCCAGACCAGCCUACAGCUGCGAAAGGACAGGCAGACUGGCGAACCGACGGCAGAGAUCGCGAUGUGCAAGUUAUCUGGUCCUUGCAGCCACCAGGGGCGGCAGGAAGUCAAGAGGGGGCCUCUCCAGUACACCUGCUAUGUGCAGAUACCGACAACUGGCGAGGUUUCAGAGCUCCCGCAGACAUUGCCAGAGGCCUCUAUGGGUUUGAAGUGUAUGUACACCGCGGGCUGGUGCGCGUGGGCUUCGGCGCGAAGGCCAAGUCGAGGGUCUUGGGUAUGGAUGUCUACUCUUUCGGUUUUGGGAGUACAGGAAAAAAGAGUUGGAACGGGAAGUUUCUUGACUACGGGCACGCCUUCGGAUCAGAAGACACAGUGGGCUGCGUUCUAGACCGCGACAAGAAUACGGUUUCUUUUGCCGUGAAUGGGAAGCCCCUUGGCGUUGCCUUCCAGCUGCCAGACAUGUUGGCAGGCACACCCCUGCAGCCGGGAGUUUGUGGCAAAGGCUUUGAGGUCGAGGUUCGGUUUGCCAACUUUCGUUACCCCCUUGAGGGGGUGAAACCGAUAGGCGAGCUGAAGCCUAGCGAUUCUCUGCCUGCUUCAAACUGUGGAUCAGCGCUUGGAAGCAACAAAAGAGCCAUUGGCAGCCUACAAGGGGCCGGCCCUCUGUGUCUGAGCAUCGCCCCCACCCGCGAUCUCGUCAAUCAAACCUUCAGCUGCUACAAACAAUUCGGCAGGCUGCUUGAUAGGCCUCGUCUCCGCAUCGAGUCGGCGGUUGGAGGAGGCGCAGGGGCCUCUGCGUCGCAUAGAUCCAAUUUUUCAAAUGUAGACAUCCUUGUUGGCACUCUCGACAAGACGUUGGACUUGGUGAAGCGGCGAGUGCUGCCGCUUAGCCGCUUGCAAAUGCUGAUCAUCGAUGAGGCGGAUGACGUGGUCAAGGACCAGGGCACUAAGAAGCUGCUUGAGCUGCAACAGCUGGGCACAGAGGCUGGAGGGCAACGCCUCCAGACUCUAUUUUUCUCUGCUACAUUGCAUACAGAGGCAGCUCUUUCAGCGAUUCGCCAAGUGGCACCACGUGCAUGUUGGGUUGACCUCAAGGGUACUGCGGUGCUGCCGGACACGGCCCAUGUUGUUGUCUAUACACUCGACCCCAAGCAGGGAUUGCAGUGCGAUCUACCCUUGGACGGUUCUAUGGGCCCCCCUGAGAUUGACGGUGUUCACAUUGGGCAGGUUGCUGUGACGAUAGCGGAUGCGCUCAAGAUGGAUUCUUGUAUGCUCAUCUGCCGGACAAAUCAGGACUGCGAUUUGCUAGAAAAAUAUCUUCUCAAGCUCGGCGGAGGCAGGAAGUUCUCAGGUAAAAUGGAAUCAGGAAAAGAGAAUCCCUACGCCUGUGUAGUUGUUGCGGGGAUGCGAUCCAAUCAAGAACGCCAAGCCAAUCUCGAGCACUUCAAGGCGGGAGAUGCGCGAUUCCUCAUCUGCACAGACGUUGCCGCCAGGGGUAUCGACAUCAAAAAUCUGCCUUUCCUGAUAAUGCUGACGCUUCCGGACUCUCCAGAGCAAUUCUUUCAUCGCGUAGGCCGCGUAGGACGUGCCGAAUGUAUGGGGCUUGCUAUUUGCAUUGUCUCAACAGAACGAGAACGGGUUUGGUAUCAUUCAUGCCCGGACAGAGGGCGCGGCUGUUCAGACCGAAGGCUUGCGCAAGAGGGGGGAUGCACACUUUGGUACGAUGAGCCUCAAAUCCUCUCAG